AUGAUAGCCCAGUACCUGCAGGAAUCACAACGCACCUGGGAUGAGCUGCUACCAGGAAUAUCCCUCGCCAUCAACAGCAGUAUUUCCAAUUCGACCGGUUUCAGCCCCAGCUAUCUCGUGCUGGGCCGUAAACCACAUCUGCCAAGAAACCUCUACGACGAAGUCACGCCUGGGAUAGGAAGCGAGACGAGAGGACCCGAAGAUCAGGCACAUCACCGCAACGCAGUCAUCCAAGCAGCCAAGGAAAAUAUGCAGCAAGCAACCGAAGGGCAGCGUCGACACUACGACCUCCGAAGAAGGGAAUGGAGACCUCAGCUGGGAGCGGUAGUCUUGGUAAAGCAACACCAUCUUUCGAAGGCAGCGGAUGGAUUCUCUGCUAAGCUGGCCCGAAAGUUCAAUGGGUCAUUCAAGGUCGUAAGAUUCAUCUCCCCGAACAUAGUCAGACGGCAAACAUCAGUGACUUGA